UAUUAUAAUAGAGAGAGGAAAAGAUGGGAGAAGAACAAAACCCUAAUCCGAUGAUCUUCUACCUAGUUGCCGAUCUACAGGAAGAAAUCAUCCUUCGAUUGCCGUGUAAAUCCAUCCGCAAAUUCAAAGCCGUCUCAAAAGGAUGGAGAUCAAUCGUGGAAUCGAAGAGUUUCGCGGAGAGGCGUUCGCGUAUGAUUCUUCGAAAGAGCCGCCGGCAAAUCCUUGCUUCUGGAGGAGUAGAACGGAGGAGCGAGUCGCGAUUCCAAGGUGACGAAGAGGUCGAUGUGGUCUACCUACACUGCGACGACGUCACACGACCUUCGCUGACAUGUGACGGUUUAGUUUGCAUCCCCGUACCGGGUUGGGUCAAUGUUCUGAACCCUUCCACCGGAGAUAUCAUUAGAUUCCCUUCCGGUCCUGAUCCAGUGACCCGCCGCUAUUCAGACAUACUAAAUCAAUUCUCGAACCUUUAUGGUAAGUGGUGCAAUUUUUUCCCAGCAUUUUGGGCGAUGGGAUUUGGUAGGGACAAAGUCAAUGGGAGCUUUAAAGUUGUGAGGAUGUUCUUUGAUCCUCACCAUUACUGUGAAGUUCUUGAUGUCAAUAUUGGUGAAUGGCGGAGAUCACUCCGUCCCCCUCCUUCGUGAUGUUCCCUCAAGCAGGUAUUCCACUAGAUCCGCAGACCAGCUAGUGAACCUUGAUGACCGUCUAGCCCUAGCCACAACUGCCUCUUCGCCCUGGAGACUAGAGAUAUUGACCAUGGAUGCACAAAAAGAAGAUGGAUGGACCUUGACUUACUCCAUACCUUUAUACUCGUGUACAAAUCUUUACCCUUUUCCUUUGAAUGUGCAUUUCAGGCCGGUGGCGGUUUCCAAGCCAGGGAAUCUUUUCUUCCAUGACAAUGAAAAGAGAUUGUUGAAAUUCUAUCCAAGCACUAACCUCAUUCGCUGCAUCUCUAAAGACACUUUGGUCAUAUCUCCUUUCAUUGAGAAUUGGCUCCCACUGCUGCCUCCCAAAACAACAUUCGGGUUUCAGGAUCCAUGCCUUGGUCACAUGCCAAACUCGCGGAUUUCCAAAUUUCUUAGCAGCAUCGGACCAAAGAUCCCAACUUUACUACUCACUGCAUAUGUGUCUCUUGUAGUUUUCCGUCAUUAUUUUGUAUCCUCUAAGUCUUGACUUUAGUAUAACCACAAC